UGUUGACAGGAGACAGGAAAGUUCACUACGCCCCUAUCCAACUUUUAGGAAGUCGCAAAAAAAUGGCUGGGAAUAUUAAGAGGUUCUACGACCUGACAGCAAAGCUGUUGUCCGGUGAAUCCUUCAGUUUCUCCACACUGAAGGGGAAAGUUGUUCUCGUUGAGAAUGUAGCGUCCCUUUGAGGAACAACAGUCAGGGACUACACGCAGAUGAACGAGCUUCACUCUCGCUUCUCCGCCGAGGGACUCGUUAUCCUGGGUGUGCCCUGCAAUCAGUUUGGACAUCAGGAGAACACAAGGAACGAUGAAAUCCUGAGAUCCCUGAAGUACGUCCGUCCAGGGAAUGGCUUUGAACCAAACUUUCAGCUCCUUGAAAAGGUGGAUGUGAAUGGAAGUGACGCCCACCCCCUGUUUGUCUAUUUGAAGGAGAAACUUCCGGUCCCCAGCGACAAUGCUGUGUCUCUCAUGAAUGACCCAAAGUUCAUCAUCUGGAGUCCUGUGUGCAGGAGUGACAUCUCCUGGAACUUUGAGAAGUUCCUGAUUGGUGCUGACGGUGAGCCAUACAAGCGCUACAGCAGAAAUUUUCUCACCAUUGAUCUCGAGGGAGACAUUAAAGAGUUGCUGAAGAGGAUUAAGUAAAAUGGGCUACGACACUCGACGGCUGCUUGUUGAAAAUAUCGGCUGCGACCCCUCCCUCUUAGAAAGUCUUAUCAGCAGACACACCUAUUUGGGGUGUUUUAUCUAGCUUUCCCAGCUAACAGCUUAACCAAAACAUAUUUCAAACAUUGUGAUAUUUUCAGUGGUAUACUCUUGGUUCUUGAACCCAUUUACUUAAUGAAGAGACUCCUGGAAACCAUUUUGUGUAGGAAGUUUCUGAUGCAGAUGUAAAUGUCUGACUUUACCAUUGUCUAUACUACAAUGUCUAUUUGGGGAAAAGAGAAAAUGUGCAUGUUUUAUGUGAGCAUUUUUUUUUUAUUUGAAUAAAAUGUAAUUUAUA